AUGCGUCACCUGGCUACCUACAUGCUCCUUGUCCUCGGCGGGAACGCCUCUCCCACCAAGGAAGACGUGACCACCGCGCUCGCCGCGGUCGGCAUCGAGUGCGACGAGGCUCGCCUCGACCAGCUCAUCGCUGACAUGGCUGGCAAGGACAUCGCCGCCCUUAUCGAGGCCGGUAAGGGCAAGCUCGCGUCGUUCGGCGGCGGAGGCGGUGGCGGUGGUGGCGGCGGCGGCGGCGGCGACGCUGCCCCGGCGGCCGAGGAGAAGAAGGUGGAGGAGGAGGAAGAGGAGGAGAUCGACAUGGGAGGCGGCAUGGACAUGUUCGGCGGCGGCGACGAGGGCGGAGGAGACUACUAGGGCGGCGAGCGGAGGAGCCCCCGCGCGGAUGAUGAAGGGAUGUGCUCGGGCGCGUCAGCCCACAGCCAAACUCCGAUCGUUCCACCAUUGCUGUCCCGCUGCUUGCUGCCCAAGCAAGUUUGAGGGGGCCACCCUAAUCGCUCGUAUGGCGGGUUCCAACCCUUUCUAGGAUGUGCGAUUGUGUUGGGUUUGCUUGCCUUUGUCGAUCGUGUCCUUAGAGCGGUGUCCUUUUCCUUGGAGUGCUGGUUGAAGCAUGAUA